ACUUCAGAGUUACAGUCCUUGAAUGGAUCUUGCUUGAGGGUGGCGAUUUGUAAACAUCUCAAGACCAAAACAGAAACAGCGUUCUUCUAGUAAACAUCUAGCACUAUGUAGGUCUUCUUCAACGAAAGAAACUUUCUGAAUAUACAGCAAUUCAAGAAAAUGAAACAGGUGAGAGUUAGGAAAGAUAAGCCACAAGACAUGUAGGUUAGAAGCAAGAGAGAGAGAAGAGGUAGAGUGAGAGAGGAGUGUCGACAUGGUGAUGAUGAUGACGAGUUAUAUAUAUCAAGCAAACAGAACUUGACGCUAAUAAAAAGAAAGCAUCUCAGCAGAAGAGAUAUUAACAGUUCUUCAUUGUCAGAGUCACAGCCAACCUGCAGAUUUUCUGGUGGCUGCUGCACACAAGAUCAGCCAAGAUGUUGUAUGUUUUUCUUGUGGAUACGGGCACCAUGUACACCUUUGACAUGAAGCUGACAAUGGAACCUGUUCUGAAGCUGAAGGAUGUGAUAGCCAAGAUUUGCCGAAUACCAGUCGAUAAGCAGGUUCUGCUCAUCAGUGGAGGGGAGCCCCUUUCCCCUGAAAAACUUGUAUGCAGCUACAGCGCAGGAACUGACACCAAUCCAAUCUUUUUAUUCGGCAAGAGCACCAUUGAGGGCAUAUCGCCACCCUCCCCAAGCAUCUACCAUGGAUUGGCACAUAAGGAGGACGCCAUCUUGCAAAAAGAUUGGGAAGUGUACACUUGGCAGAACAUAUUUGAUUACAAGAUGCAUGUGUUGAUGAAACAACCAGUGGAAUUUCAAGCUGCAGAAAUGGACCUUAACAGUCAGGUUGAAGGGUCUCUUAUCAUGCCUGCUACCUUUGACACAGUGGUUUCUCGGACUCAGUUGGCAAUGCAAAUUUAUGAAGUAGAUACAGAAGAGCUGAAGGCCUGUGAAAGAAUGGUUCUUGACCAGCAUCUGCAGCAGCAGGGAUGGGCAGCUGUGGUGGCCAACCUAGAAGAUCUUGUGAAUGCAUACUUUCACCGUGCCAGCCUCUUUCAAAAAGAAUUCAAAGAGUUUCUUCAAGAACGAGACGAUGUACUUGCUCUGCUGAGGAGAAUUCCGGAAGUGCUCCUGUUGCUGGAAAGAAUUCCUGUGUUACCCUGUCUUGAGUGUCCCCAUCAGAGUAUAAGCAGCAGCCAUGAUGUGGGUGGCAAACAUGGCAGUCUCUCUAUUGUGUCACUUAACCUCUACACCUGGAUUAACGCACAGGAUGGAAAUAAUCGACUUGAAGAUGUGAUAAAGAACUUGACAGAAGGCACUGAGCUUAUGACAUCAGGACUGGAGGAGAAGGUGAGCAGGGAGCUGCAGGAAGUGGGUGACUUCAUCCGACCCAUGGACAUGAAGGAUGUCAAGGGACUAGAGGAGCGACUGUACGGCCUGGACCAGCUUAUGUGCACUGCUGGCAAGCUGGUUGAUGAGCAGCGGCACAUGGCCCAGGGCUUUGUCCAAAACCAAACAAGGGUAUCAGACCUGAAAGAUCACAGCAUCCUCCCUGACCUGUGCUCCUCACACAAACGACAGCUCAUACAGAUGCUGAACAACCACAAGCGUCUGCAUGAUAUCAAACGCAAAUGCAGUGCAGCCAAGGAAGAACUGUCGGCAAAUCUGCAUACCAGACUGAGGUGGGUAAUGUUUGUACAACGCUCUGUCAAUGCCAUGGACAACAAGCUCUGGCUUUACCAUAAUAAUUUGGAUCGCAUCAAAGGCAGGACAAAUCUGCUGAAACAGGUAGAGACAUCACCACAGACGUAUGCUGCCAUGGUGGCCGAAGUGGCACGCAGGCGAAUUUUUGUGCGUCAUUACCUCAGGUGGGCUGAAGAGACAUCUAAUGAAGCUAAAAGACAACAUAAAAGAGAAGUGCAGCGAAGAAGAAGUUUUACUCGUCAGUUUGGCACACACUUCUUGCAGAAAAUGGUGCCAGGAUUUAAAGAUCAUGUCCCAAAGUUUGCUGCAGAGCCACUGAAAGAGUUUGAUGAGGAUCUACCCAGUAUAUCACAAGAGGACCUAAACACAUUGGCAUUGGCUGUUCCUGAAUUGAAACGUUGGUUUAAAAUUCCUGGUGAUGCAUCCUGCGUGGAAUUUACAACCUCCUCUCAGACACGGGUAGCAACACAGUCUGUAGUUUCUGAAAUGCAGUCUAUCACGGGAUCCAUAGAAGGUCCAGAUGUGAUGGGGGAGAUGCUGUUUGAACAUAUAGACAGAGAUAAACUCUCAUUAAGUGACCAAGCAGGGCUGGGUCUCCAGCAGGAGAGGCUGCCACUGGAUGAUCGAUUAACACUCUCCUUGCAGGAGAAAUUCACUGUACCAGAGAGCCUGUCCGAGACACUGACAGCUGAGGUGAACUCAGCAGCCAUGAGCACUAUCACUGUCAGUGUCGUGUCUGCAUCCCCUCAGCAACAGGUGGUAGUGACGAGCCAAUUGGCAGAGGGUGCCACAAGAGUGGUACAAGAAGAAAGUGGUGAUGGGCUCCUGCUGUCCUCUGGAGACCAUGAGCCUACCAAGUCUUCUGACAGUGAUGCAGUAAGUCAUGAAAGUCUUUCUGAUCGCAAGGCUCGUGGUAAGCGGCGUAGCAAAGGCCUGUCGGACACAUCUCCGGACAUGGAGACCUCGCAGGAGUUUACCACAGCAGACUUCUACAUCGAAGAUUCCAUGCCCUCUUCCAUGACUGACUCACCUCCAAAGCCUGGUGGGCAAGGGAAAGAGAGGACUGAACUGAGCAACACAGUGGCAGAGAAAACCAGGCGCAUGAGUGAACUAGAGUCAGAAGUGAACACGCUGCAAGUGAAACUGGAUGCCUCUGAAGACCGUCUGAGCAGGCUUUAUGCUUUAGCAUGCUGCAACAUAGGGCUGUUAAAGACAAGUGUCGCAGAGUUAAAGGAAACCGUCCAGAGCAACAAGAGUACCACCGCUAGUGCAGUCUCAGAAGUGCAGCAGCUGGCACUGGAAGCUUGCGCAACCCUUAUCAAGACCAUGGAGCAAGUCAAGGAGCAGGAGCAUAGCAGCAGCGAGGAAACUAUUGGAAACCUGCAGCAGCAGCUGGAGCUUAAGAGCAAGCAUGCUGACGAACUCCAGCUCAAGCUGCUGAAGGCCUCUGCUGCGUUUGAAGACCUCAGCAAUGAGCUGCAGCAAGUGCGUGAGGCAAGCCAUAAGGAAGUGGCAGAUAUGAAGGAAAAGCAUGACACAGAGAUCCAGGACAUUGCCAACAAGAACUUGCUGGAAAUGGAACUGGAAACGGACAAAGUUCGGACAGAACUUCAGGCUGAAAUGGACCGGCAGGAGACUGAAAUUAUAAAGCUGGAAGAACAGCUGAGGAUGGCAGAACUCCGACUGCAGAAGGUCAUUGAAGAGAAAGAGUGCAGCUCAGAAGAAAUGAUGAAAAAUUUUGUCUUCCAAAAGGAGCAGAUUUAUCAGGCCUUGAAGGAAGAGUUUUCUGUGACAAAGCAGCGAGAACAAGAGGAGAUUAUUGAGAAGCUUGGAAAAGAGCAAAAAGCAUGCUUGGAAACUCUUGCCACUGAUCACCAGGCUGAUCUUGAUACUCUUUCUGCCAAAUAUCAGGAAAAGCUUGACAAAGUGAUGAAAGAUACACAGGAGGAGAAAUCAAGCGAGAUCAAGCAGAUCGUGGGGGAAAUGGAGGCAGCAGCUGAGAAACGUCUGCAGGAAGUGAAGGAGAAACUGCUAAGUGAGCACAUAGCUGAUGUCCAGAAACAUUUAGACAAGGCAUCUGCCGAACAUAGAGAAAUAGUGUCAGGAUUACUCGAAGAGUUUGCACAGGAGCGCAAACAGCUGAAGGAUAAUAUACAGGCUCUGAAAGAACCUUUGGGCACAGAAGCAGGCACGCAGAGUGAAGAAGGAGGAGUCAUAGCAGUGGAGGACCAUCUUCAAUUGGUGUACAUGGCAGAAGCAAAAGCCAGAGAUGCAGCCUUUGUGGAAUAUCAGCAGAUGCUGACCUCCCAGCGCCAGACACUAGAGGCAAAGAUGAAGGAAACUGAGUUGAGGCACAAGAAAGACACGGAGGAUGCCUUAUCUACCAUGAAAACAAGUCUGAUGGCAGAAAGACAGGUUCAGUUUAAUGAGGCUGUCAGUCGGGUUUGCCAAGAAAAAGACCGCAUGAUAGAAGACCUAAAAGCAGAGAUAAGGACUCUGAAAGUGAAAGUUGAGGAAGUCGACAAAGAGAGUACAAGCAUGGAUGAGCUGAGAAAACAACUGGCCAGAGUCAAAGAGAAGGAGUCUGAACUGAUCCGUGAUAACUGUCGUCUAGAGGAGCAGUUACAGUUACGCCAGUCCGGCAAUCUUCCCCAGGCUAUGACCACAUCCACUGCACCACUUUCUUCUGUUGUUGUCACAGAUAGCACGCAAAGUUUGAUGCAUAUUGGAGAUGUUGGUCAGGCAGAAGACAGUCUUGCAAAACCAGACUGGGAGCAGUUUUUUUUUCAGAUUGCAAGUUUGAGAGAGAAGAAGAUCACUGAAUUAGAAAACAAACUUAUGACCAUGUCAAUGACAGCAAGCACCCGCAAGGAGGUUCGGGACAAAGUCUCCAUUCUUCACUGCCUGGUUGGGGAUUUAGUGCUGCUGUGCCUUGAUGAACGUCAUGACCAAUAUGUUGUCUUCACAGUGGGCAGCACUUUACAUUUCCUUCACAGUGACUGCAUUGACAUCCUUGGGCUUAGGGCUGUGGAAGGGGAGCCCCGAAAAAACUGGGUUUUGGCUGAGAUCAUAGAGAGAGAAUACUGCCAAGCAAGAAAGGCACAAAACAGAUUCAAAGUGCCAAUUGGAACAAAAUUCUACAGGGUGAAGGCAAAGCCCUGGACCCCCAGUGCAUCAGGAUGAAAAAAAAACAAAACUUCCAGGAAAUGGGCUGUUUCUUGUUGUGAUGUAUCUAGAUGGCUGCAAUGUUUAGUUUUUUUUUAAUUAUAAUUCCCAAUCUCUCAUCUUGUUUAAAAUUUCAUUCUGCUAAACAUCUGAUAAUUUAAGUAAAAACUAAUGGCAGCAAAUGGCAAUCAUGGAGCCCAUACUAAAGUUUAUUUACUAGAUGCACAUUAGAACUGUGGCUUUGUUCCUGCAAUUUGUGGUUUCUGGGCUAGUGAUUUUUUUUCAAAGUCGUUAUGCAUGUUUUUUAAGGAGGAAAGGGGAUGUUUCUUAUGCAUAUGCUUGUGCUUCAUUUGCUCCCAUCAAUAAAGAACAUUAUGUGGUAAUAAUGCUGAUGAAGGGUAAUGUGUAGAUUUUUUUUAAAAAUCAUAUUAAAAAUACAUGCAGUGCAGAAACUUUAUUAUAGCUCUAUAACUAACUUCAGGCAAAAUUGACAACAAACAAAACCAAAAUUUCUGCAAUUGCUCACACGAGAGUUGCAGAUGUCAUCUUUCUACUGUACCUGGUGGCAUGACUAUAUGAGAACCACUUUAAUUCCAGCUGUCCAUUUCUAAUUAGCAUUGACCAAUGAGCACACAAAUUUUGCCAACUCACCCCACCUCAUGCUGCCAGCCAGCAAGUUUAUCUGUCCAGUUUUUCACCUAGUUUAAACCAUGUAGGUCAUGUCUGCACCAUCUUGUAUGUUCAAUGCUGUUCAAUUGGCAACAUGGAGAAGCCAUCGUGGUGCAACAAAGUCUCUUUCCUGCCAACUCUCGGGCUUGCUUUCUUAAUUACCCACCAUGCUGAGUGACCUUGCCAUGUGAUAUGUUCUGCCUCUGAUUUGAGGACAGAUGGGUGCAGGUGGUCAGGGACAAACUGCAUGGGUAGUGGACAUCUCACCCCAUUAAAACGCAUUCUUUUAUCCGCAGACAAGGCUGCCAAGAAAUGCUUCAUUCCUCACUAGCUAGUGAAAGUGGGUUUGCUUCAUCACUACUGUUCGGGGUCCAAUUAUGUGUGCAACAGUUCAAAAUCUCUUCUGUCCCUCUUCCAUGUGUCAGUCUAUGCUGUUGUGUUAUUUCCACGAGCUCCUGGCAACUGGGAAGAAUUGGGUUCAAAAGUUUGGCUUGGCCAGUUUACUGUGUUAUUGGGCUCCUACUUAAAUGGCUCGACAACCACUUCCUAUACCUUUCACUUAUUCUCCAUGUAGUCAUCUGGUACAGUUUGAAGAAGAAAUACCAUUUUUGGUUGUAAAAUGUUUUCUUAAGGUACUUACCAGAUGAUGACAUAGUUCCCUCCUGCAUCCUUGCUGAGAGGGUCUCUUUCACAGUUGCUGUGGAAAACUGGAAAGGUGAACUCGCAAAGCGGGAUAUGGUAUAAAGUGAAUUGAUUUGAAUGCUCCCUGGUCAUAGGCAAGUUCUGUACAACUGGAAGCAGACUGCUGGAAUUGAGGUGACCAGUAAGACAAUUGCCAUUUAGUCAUGUCAUCUGGUAAGAAUUUACCACCAAAAAUGGUAUGUUUAUGUGAUUGUGUAAAGCAAAGCAAGAAAAUGCACAAUGUUGAAAACUUGCCUUUUGUUUCUUAUACAUUUUGAAUGUUGAAAUUUGUAAGUAUAUAUAUAUAUGUGAAGUUGUUAUGGUUUAUUAUUUGCUGCUGUACAGAAAAUCAUCCAGACAUUUUGUAACGGUUGUCACUUGCUAGAUCCAAGUUGUAUACAUGCUAUAAAUAUGGGGGAAAAAAGUAAAGAUCAUAUCCAUG